AUGAAGUCUGAUGACAAGGACAAGCCCCCCUGUCCAUUCAAUCGAGAUAGAAGACUGGUUUCGAAGCUCUUCGUCUUUGGAAAGGAAAAAAAUCAGAACCGGUGGUCCGUCCACCUCUUUGAUUCAGACCUACGAAAGACAGAACGAAUCGCCGAUAUGGAAUAUCGGUAUGAUGCCUCUUACACUCUCGUUGGCGAGGGCAUUUUUGUAAUUGGAGGUUUUUCUGGAGAAAGUGGUGACACAACGCGCGUCCAAGAGUUUCUCCUGAGAGAACGGCGCUAG